UCUCAAUGGAUCCGAUAGAGCCGGCAGGCCCGUCUCCGGAUCAUCUUAAUGUUCCCCAACCCCAGCCGCGACGGGCUUCAUCGGCGAGUCCUGCACAGGAAACGACGUCAUCGGACAUUCCGCCUGGACGGCGGCGUGCGGCCUCAGUCCGCUCAAAUCACUCGAACCGCUCAUCAAUUCGCCUAACGCGCCCGCCCUCGUUCAUUCGGUCUAUCGCCUCGCCUCAACCUAGCAGCAGCAAUGUCGACAUCAGAAACAUUGGUUCAGGUGCGUCAGUUGCAGCUGGCGCAGCGUCUCCCGUCGAAGAGAAGAGCGACCCGUUUGAAGGCGGCCGCCGUCGCAGCAACUCUGAGCCUCGGCCAGGACGGUGGUCUGCACCAACCCCAGCGACUCUUCCACGGCUCCAGCCAGGCGGGCAGAUGCAUACUGUGAUGGAAGAGCCUCAAAGUCCUGCUAGUGGGCGUCGUCCAACCUCGGAAUUUGUCAGACCGUCGGUACAACCUACACAGCCUCUGCCGCAGCUGAGGGACAACAGGAGUGCUAUGCGGAGGAGGAGUGAAGCCGCGUUGAAUAGGUUCUCCAGGAACCGAGCAUCAACUGUUAGCGGUAGUGCUCCUAUGACACAGAACGGAAUUCGCGAAUACGAGCCUCAUGUUGUGGAUGUACUUGAUGUUAUUGGCAAGUCUUCUGCUUACCCGGAAGUUUCAGCUCUUACCACUCUCACCAAUGUUCAAAACUCACUGUUCGUCCCGAAUCUUGGCUCGCUCGUGAACCGCAACCAGACGUAUACCCUCUCGCCUGCACGAGAGUCAGAAAGGGAGGAAACAACAUCAACAGAAGAAGAGGAAGACAAGGAGUCGGCGAAAGGCCUUGAACCUCGCCCUCCCUUGGAGAGACCCAUCACUAAUAUUUCCUCCAUUUUGGAUCAAGGGGAACCUCAUUUUGCCGUUCUGCCAGAAGGAAUAAAUCUUGAAGGAUGGUCUUACCAGGAUAUUGAGGAGUUGAAUGACCAUGUGCGGCACAUGCUGCACUCGCGUCGCUCCAAGUUCAAGCGGUCCAUGAAAGGAUUUGGCAAAUAUGUGUCUAAACCUCUUGGUUUUCUGAUCACGCUAUAUGCGACUCUCAUUACGCUUUUUGGGCUUGCUUGGGUGCUCUUCCUCAUCGGUUGGAUUAAUGUCGGGGGCCGACAGUCGUAUAUCAUCAAUGUUAUCGAUAAUGUACUAGUGGCACUCUUUGCCAUCAUGGGCGAUGGGCUGGCCCCGUUCCGUGCAGUCGACACAUACCACAUGGUGUUCAUCGCACAUUAUACAUUCCUGACGUGGAGAAUUCGCAAGAGGCGCCGCCUCCCGGAAUUGAAGGACAAAAAUGAUUUGCCAUCUCGGGGGGAGGCGGAAGCCGAUGCUGAUCUCGAGGCCGGAGAUCUCUCCAAGGAGGAUGAACACGAAUUCAGUGUGCUCAGCCCUCAGCAGCAGGCGAAAUUGCAGCACCACCAGGCAAAAUUUGCCAAGUCUCAUACUUUCUACAAACCUCACGAGACUAUAACACACCGUGCUUUCCCGCAACGCAUUCUUAUUGCAAUCGUGGUUCUCCUAGAUUGUCAUUCGCUUCUCCAGAUAGCUCUCGGAGCUUGUACAUGGGGUAUCAGUUAUCAUGUACGGCCGUUCGCUCUCACCACCGUUAUCCUUUGCUGUUCAAUUACCUGCAACAUCACCGGAGGUGUCCUGAUCAUGAUUGGGGACCGCAGAACCCGCAAAAAGGAUGUGGUUGAACGAAUGUUCCGCCAGCAGCUCACCAAGGAGGCGAUGAAAAAGAUGCAAAAGAAGAGGAAGAAGGAAUAUGAGAAAUACAAUGCCGAAAACCCCGGGCUAUUGUCAGAUUCGUCCUCGAACGCCCUUCAGAUCAAGCCCAGCUUGUUAUAUGAGGCUCUGGUUCUUGGUCCUCCCCUAAUAUCUCUCGUUGCGCCUACUGUGAUUUCCCGAAGACCGCACCCCGAGUGGCUACGCUAA